AUGGCUGCAGAGUUUAGAAAUAUAGAUAUCCGUACUAUGGGGAUGUCAGAACUCAGAGAUUAUUCAGAGUACAUGACAACCCUAGUGUUCAUGAUGGUGGGAUACGAAGUUAUGGAGUUAAUUGAAUACAUCAAAACUGAAUCAAAAGUCAACAUUUUGAAGAACAUUAUCUUUUAUCAUUUGGUUCUCAAAUAUUCCGUAAAGAUCCUUCGACAUAUCUAUGGAUACGGAGUUAUCAAGUCAGUUAAACAGCUCUAUACCAUGAUUGCGAAGUGGAUUUUCAAUAUUAUUUUAUCACUCCCUCCAGCAAAGAAACAGGUUAAUAAAGAAGUUCAGAAAGCACUCGACAGUAUUGAGGACACAUUGGUGAUCAGAGAUCCAAACUUUAGAUAUUUCAAUGAGUUGCCGCAACACGGAUUGAGCAAUGAUGAAAUCUUCGAUGAGUUCGAGAAAUAUUCAGGCAUGAAACAUAACGAUUGGGAGAAUGGUAAAGUCAGUGGUGCUGUGUAUCAUGGGGGUAAAGAAUUGAUUUAUUUGCAAGCAAAGGCCUUCGAAAAAUAUUGUGUUUCCAAUCAAUUACACCCUGAUGCAUUUCCAGGGUUAAGAAAGAUGGAAUCCGAAGUUGUUUCUAUGUGCUUAAACCUUUUCAAUGCUCCAGAAACAGGCUGCGGGACUUCGAGUUCUGGUGGUACUGAAUCAUUAUUGUUAGCGUGUUUGAGUGCAAAAAUGUUUGGAAAAAAACAAAAGGGAAUCACCGAACCAGAAAUCAUUGCUCCAGAAACUGUUCAUGCUGGUAUCGAUAAAGCUUGUUAUUAUUUCGGCAUCAAGUUGCACAAAGUUCCUUUGAACAAGUACUUUCAAGGUGAUAUGAGAUAUUUCAAAAGAUUAAUAAACUCAAAUACCAUUUUACUUGUUGGAUCCGCUCCAAAUUUUCCUCACGGAAUCAUUGAUGAUAUUGAAGCCUUGAGCAAAUUGGCACUAAAAUAUAAGAUUCCAUUGCAUGUCGAUUGUUGCUUAGGGUCAUUCAUUGUGUCAUAUAUGGAGCGUGCUGGAUUGGCAGGGAAGAGCUUCCCUAAGUUUGAUUUCAGAUUACCUGGUGUUACCUCAAUUUCUUGUGAUACUCAUAAAUAUGGGUUUGCUCCAAAAGGGUCUUCAAUCAUCAUGUACCGUAAUGAAGAGCUUCGUUCCUCUCAAUAUUAUGUCUCUACUGACUGGAUUGGUGGUCUUUAUGGCUCUCCUACUCUUAGCGGCUCGAGACCAGGGGCCUUAAUGGCCGGAUGCUGGACAACAAUGGUAAAACUUGGUGAUGAUGGUUACAAACAGACUUGCAGAGAUAUUGUUGGUGGUGCCCAGUACUUCAAGCAAAAAAUCAUGGAUAAUAUUCCUGAAUUACAAGUUAUUGGCGAUCCAAUUCUUAGCGUGGUUGCUUUCGAAUCCAAUGAAGUCAAUGUUUAUGAUUUAGGUGAUCUAUUGUCCAAGAAAGGCUGGCAUUUGAGUGCUCUACAAAAUCCUCCAGCGUUACAUGUGGCAUUCACAGUCUUAUCAGCUGACAAAAUAGAUGAGUUGAUUAACGAACUUCAAGUGGGUAUCAAGCAACUUAAGGAAAACGGCUCGACCGCUGCCAAAGGCGAUACUGCCCAAGUAUAUGGUACUGCUGGUUCUGUGAGUACAGGAGCUGUUGUCAACAGAAUCAUUGAAGGAUUUAUUGACACCCUCUAUAAAGUUUAG